AUGGCCCAGAAAGUUUUAUUCUCGACUGAUUCCAGCGCUCGUCCACAAUCAUUCAGAAAUUCUUUCAAAGAGUGCGUCUUUGUAGUUACAUUGAUGUUAGCAAACGCCUCGACAACAUUCAUCCAGGGAGUUAUUGUUAUCAUCACAGCCAAAAUUUCUAAGGACCUGGAAAUGUCUUCGACAGAAAUGGCCUGGAUCCCUGCUGCUGUUGGGCUUACAAGUGGGUCACUAAUGCUAUUUUUUGGAAAGACAGUGGAGAUCUUUGGAUGUAAAAGUCAGCUUCUGGCAGGUCUGACUUGGCUCUGUGGUUUCUCUCUCUUCGCCUCCUUUGCAGUGUCUCCGUUGGCAAUAAAUUUACUUUGCGGAGCUCUAGGAGUGGGAACUGCCGUUACUUCUCCGCCAUCUAUGGGUGCCAUAUUCACGACGUAUCAAGAGGGACCGAGAAGGAAUCGGGUGACAGGUGCCCUCGGCGCUGGAAACCCCCUCGGAUUUAUCUUGGGAAGUAUUUCAUCUGGAAUAGUAACGAAAUUUUACGGCUGGAGAGCAUCUUUUAUUGUCAUAGGCAUGUUCUUUGUUCUUCUCAUGAUAUUUACCUUCUGGACCGUACCCAUAAUUCCGAUAUCUGAGCAUGCUUCGAAAAACGCUAUGGAGAAUUUUGACUUUUUGGGCACAUUUUUGAUCGUUGUUGGGAUAGCCUUACUAAUGGCAGGGUUGACAAUAGGUGCUCAGAUUGGAUGGGUAAACUAUAAGGUUUUUCUAAUGAUUUUUACAGGAGCUUUGUGUCUCGUUGGAUUUGGUAUCUGGGAAAAAAGAUGCCCCAGUCCACUCUUAGAUCCCACUGUGUGGGAAGACAGUACUUUCACCCUAUGUAUUCUAUGUUCCGGUUUCGGUUAUAUGUCUUUCAUCACGAACCAAUACUGGCUUUCGUUGUAUAUGCAAGAAGUUCAAAAGUUAGCGCCUCUUCACAUUGCUGUACGUUUUUUACCUCAGGCUUUGCUCGGAAUAGUAUGGAGCUAUAUUGGACAACUAAUUACCUACAAGUUCAGCGGCAAAUUUAUAAUGGGAAUUGGCUCUUGCGCAUAUAUGGUUGGUGCAAUUUUAUGCUAUUUUGUUGAAAAAAAUACCAGUUACUGGGCAAUACUCUUUCCACAGCUUUGUAUCACAGUAAUUGGCGCUGAUUUUCAAUUCAUCGUGACGAACCUCUAUAUUGUCAAAAAAAUGCCGGCCCAGUCUUCACUAGCUGCAGGCAUUUACCAAACAUCUUUGAAACUCUCCAUUGCAAUUGGAAUUCCGAUUACGGCUAGCCUCUACAACUUUUGGCCACAAAAGUCCCCAGAUAUUGGCUCCCUUUAUCACCGAGCCUACACCUGCUCGAUCAUAUUCGCAGGAAUCAGUCUUAUUUUGGUUCCAUUCAUCAAUAUCGAGCAGAAAAAUAUGAUGUCUUUGGAGUUGUUAGCUGCUCCAAACACAACAGAACGAAAAAAAGGAUUCAUGUUGCGCAGCCCGACACAGCUUUCGACGGCCAUUUCACCUGGUUAUAACUCCGAUGCUCUCUGUUCAAAAGGAAGCCAAGGUAGCUUGUUGAGUUUAACUGAAACUAUGACUACAGGGUCUCCCUGCCUCGGCUUGUUAUCCAAACCCAGCGUGACAUAUUCAGCAACCAAGUAUAAGUAUGGACCGAGACUGAAUCUUCUUCAUAUAAGUCAGAAGCUUGAGUCAAUAUCGACUCUUGAACCUAUGCAAAAUGUCUCAUGGAAGAAUAAAAGCGCACAUGAUGGAAUUAUCCAAACAAGCCUUGCUUCUACUAGAGGAUCCACGAGCCUUGAUCUAAGGCAUACUGUUGGCUCAGAUAGCCUAUGGCGACCCUCUAGUUUUUUCCAGGAGAUUGAGAUGGAUCUAAUCCGUAUCUCAAAAGGAACCAUAAGUAUUGGAGCGCAGACUGGAGAAGCUUACAACGGCAUAGAUUCUCAUUCGUACAGGUCCCAAGAAAAAUUUGAUCAAUAG